GCGUUGGCUAAAGCAGAAGCUGCUGCAUGUCAAAGGGAAAGGCUCCUCGUGGGCCAGCGAGAGAAGCUCCAUCACGACACGGAUGCGAUGAAAAAGUUGUCCAAGCAGGCUUUAGGGGGAGUGCAGAUGAAGAUGGCGGAGGAGGCGGAGCAACGCAAGCGGUUGGAGAGGUGUGGCUUACGGCAGAAGGAAUGUAGAUCUGCUUAUGAGAUUAUCAGGAAUGAACGGUCGAAAUAUCUAAAACUGAUACAAACAGCGUCCCAGCGGAUCAGUGAGAUGGAGGAGAAAUAUCGGCUGUUGAAUAACGAGGCUGAAGUUUUGCGGGGGGAAGAGCGUGUUAAGGAAAAGGCUCUUGUGAAGGUUAGAGCAGAAGCUACUAGGCAGCGAAAGAUGAAGGAGAAAUUGCUGAAGGAAUAUAAUAGUAUGACGAAUACUGGUCACGAGUUGAACGAUGAAAUUGAGCAUAAUGUGGCCUGUAUUGACAAGUCGAAUAAUAUGAUAAAGAAAUUGGAGAGAAAAUUGGAAGAUGUCGAUGAAAAGUAA